AUGAGGUUGGGACAUAUGAGUGAGAAAGGAAUGAAUCUAUUAAGCAAUAGAGGCUUACUUUGUUGGCAAAGUAUUAGUAAGGUGGAAUUUUGUGAGCAUUGCAUUUUAGGUAAGCAUAAAAGAGUUAACUUUCAAAUGGUAACUCACAAGAGCAAAGGUACUCUUGAUUAUAUCUAG